CACAACUUCACACGAAGUAAGCGCCGAGAGCUUGUAAUCCUGACGGCCUGCAGCGGCAGCCUGGCCAACCUGCAGGUCGCCGUCAAGACAGCGGGCUUCCAGCUCUCCUGGGAGGUCUUCUACGCAGCAACCGAGGGUGGCAAUCUUGAGAUGUGCCAGUGGCUGCAGGAAGAAGACUGCUUCUUCUUUUCUGAGAAAGCGGCAGCAGCAGCUGCCCGAAGUGGCCAUCUGGAAACGGUCCGGUGGCUACUGCAACAGGAGCUUUAUUUUCGAGAGCUACGGAAUGCUGGUUCCCAUGCAUUUAUGGCAGCCGCCUAUGACGGUCAUCAGUUUGUGUGUGAGGGGCUCCUGGAGGACGGUAUUCCGUUGGAACACUGGAUGGGUCUUUUUGGUGCCGCCCGCGGUGGCCAUGUGGGCCUCACACACUGGCUCCUUCAGCGAUUUGAGCUAGAAUACGGGAUCUACACCAGACCUUCCUGAGGUAUGGCGGUGAUAGUGGCAACGAUGCCAGCAGGCUGCUAACCGGCGACACCCUUGCGGAAGCCCUGGUGAGCCCCACCCCCGACUGGCGGGCCAAGGUGGAGUGGCUGCAGGCUCAAGGCUGCCGCCUCGAUGGCGAUCAGUACUUCGAUUGGGAUGCCAUUGCCAGCCUUCCGGAUGCUGUGGAGCGGGCACAGCGGCUGCUUGUGGAAGUAGAGGAAGAGGAUGUCGUAGUAGAUAUCUUCAUCAGCGCCGUACGUGUUGAUAGCCUGCCCCUGAUACGCUACUUGCGAGCGGGGAGGGACUGGCUUCCAGAACGCACGAAGGAGGCUGUGGUAAAAGCAGCCCGUGCCGGCAACAUGGUGCUGCUGGUCGAGCUGGUGACCUUGGGCUGGCGGCUUGAUGGGUGGACUGCGCAGGCUGCAGUUGAGGGAGGUCACCUGCACAUUCUUAAAUGGAUGGGUGCAGGUGUUGUUCGGAAGCACAUCCAGGAGCUCGAGCAGCAGCGCCGCCAGGCUGUGUUGAGUUAUGCAACAUCGUUUGGUAGUGUGGAGGUCGUGGAAUGGCUGCUAAAUGAGGUAGACUUGCCCUGGAGUGGAGAGAAGCUCCUUAAUGCAGCGGUGACGGCAGGCAGUCCAGCAGUAUUGGAGUGGCUUGUGGCCCGGGGCGUCCCCAUGGGGGACGAUGGUGAGCUUUACGUAACGGCAGCACACUGUCACGACCUGGUCAUUCUGUGUUGCCUGAGGCGGCUAGGCUGCCCCUGGGGCCCCGGCGUCUUCAGCCGAGCAGUGUACGACAGGUGCCAUGGCAGUACCGUAAAGGUCCUUCAGUGGCUGCACGCCGAGGGCUGCCCGGUGGACUGGGAGGAGGCCAUGAGCCGGGCCAAGACCCGAAAAAAUUUUUGUUUGAGGGAUGAAAACGCUGUCGCUGUUCAUGCCUGGAUUGAGAGCAUAGCGCCGAGUUAGCUGUUGGGACGAGCCAGGGGGGUCUACAAUAGUAGCAGAUGUGCGUAUUAAGCAAAGCAAAUAAACAGAAGCGAAUUUCUGUGAGGGACAGGAAGAUUGAAGACGGCGGGGAGCUGCAAGGGGAUGAUGGGGAGGGUUUACGAUAGAUGCCUGCUUGGGAAGUGGGAACCUGAACGUCUGGCAAGGAUCCUGGAACGUAUGUGGUCCCACCACAACUCUAUCGUUCCCAUUGGUCGUUAGUCUCCUCUAUCACUUGCUUUGUCUGAAGUGCGAGGUAGGAUGGUGCUUUUAGGCGACCUGGCAGCCCUUGAGCCCUUGGCUCGUAUUGGGUGGUUUGCAGGUAGUACGGGAAUGCACCUAAGACCAUGUAACACACACACGCAC